CAUCCAUUACAAUACAUUCAGCCAGCCAGCCAGCCCUAAGUCUAGUUCACUCUCACCCGCUAUGCGGUACCGCAGAGUCAUGUAGAAAAAAAAUAGAAAAAAAAGAGAAAAAAAAGAAGGCUAUCCUACUACAUUUCGUUCUUUAUUAUCGUUUUACUAUUUCCUCUCGCCCUUCCUCCCAUCCCUUCUCUCCAGCCACGAUUCUGUUUGGUUGAUCUGCACAAGCGUAUGCGAUCAUGGGUGAUAGUCGGCCGUUCGUUACGAUAAGUGAAUGGCAGCCUACGGCUACGGGGGACGGACAUAGCUUCAGCAGUGGUGAUUCUGCCGUACGUCGAGAUAAAAAGACAGCCAGGUCUCAAGCUCGAUCUCGUCUAAUUGCAUCUUCUCAGUAUGGUUCUAGCAUUGAGGAUGAAAAGACGCCAGCAGCCACGCACGACAUCAGUCGGGUGAGCUACCACGUCAAGCAUCUACCCGAAUUCGCCAAGACACUCGAGGAUUCGGCUAUGCGAGCUUUCCCCAAUCGGGGGGGCUCACAGAGAUACAAGAAGGUACAGGUGCUUCUUCUUCACUGGACCUGCGACGACUUAUUCGUCCUGAAAGAGCUCGACGACCUGGAUGCUUGCCUGAAGGAGGACUACGGGUUCCAAACCGAGACCUUUUCGAUACCGUCCGACAAUGCACACCUCGAGCUGAUGAUGAAAAUUGGUGCCAUGAUAAAAGAACACGAAUCGAGUGAUACCCUGUUCAUCAUCUAUUAUGGCGGCCACGCAAGGAUCGACGAGUCGAGGCAAAGUACAUGGUGCGGAACUCGAAAUUCAGAUUCUCCAUGGCUACAAUGGUCCGCGAUUCAAACAUUGUUGGAACGAUCUCUGUCGGAUGUUCUCAUCUUAUUGGAUUGUUGUGCAGGCGCUGCAAGUGCUACGUUUCCUAACGGCAAUAGUAUUACGGAAACGAUAUCGGCCUCUAGUUGGGAUGCUAUUGCACCCGAUCCAGGGAGAUACUCGUUUACCAAUACUCUAAUUGAAGUGCUUCAAGAUUGGAAACGGAGGACUUUUUCUGCAGCCAUGCUCCACGCUGAGGUCCUUGCACGCCUGAAGCAUCCGAGACCCGAGAUGUUGAACGGCAAGCAUUUCGAGGCACGUGCUACGCCAGUACAUUUUAUGAUGACCGCCAACCAUAAAGCACCAAGUAUCGAGAUAGCCCAGAUGCUCUCAGCAGAUGCACGGCCACCCUCGCCUCCUCAAGAGCCGGGAUUCGAAUCAACUUCUAUCAACGGUCGAUCAGCCGGCCCACAAGAGAUCAUUGGGUCGGAGCCAAAUGAGGAUGUACCGCAUGUAAUGAUUUCUCUUGCACUUGAGGCGGAUCAACGCCUCAAUAUCAAUGACUGGGAACAUUGGCUUUCCAGUAUUCCAGCACUGGCCAAGUAUGUAAAGGUCCAGGGGGUAUUCAAAAGCCACUCGACGCUGCUGCUGUUGUCAAUGCCGGUCAUGGUUUGGGAUCUACUUCCAGACAACCAUGCUUGCAACUUUGUGGCCUUCAUUCGGUCUAACAACCUAGCUGCUCGUGGUCACAAUGAGCCAAGGCCAUUGGAAGAAGAAGUGCCAACGAGUGCCGAUAACGAUGCCGAUUUAAGGUCAAUCUAUUCAGGGACUACAGCGUACACCUCUAGACCGUUAGAGUCUGGUAGGUUAUCAAUAAUGUCAGCCCUUUCAAGCGAGAGAACAUCGAUGGAUCCGAUGUAUAGAAGAGCUGAUGGCCCCAUGGCCGAUGCUACUUCCCGGAGCUACCGUCCUACGAUGAACCCAAUCUCUAAGAGCCACCAGAUGUCUAGCGGGGGAUGGCAAUCGAGGCAACGCACUAUUCCAGGUGCUUCACUACAUAAGAGCGUGUCUUAUAACAAUAUAGCGCAGCACCUAGCUAUCAAUAAACCUUGGAACAUGCGGAGAACAUCACUAGCAUCUGUAGCUAGCCAACCUGAGCUCCCACCACACGCUCAGACACGAUUGGAAGAAUAUUUCCAGGGUAACCCAUUACCGACUAUUGCCGUCAUGGAAUUUCUCGCGUCAACCCUUGGCGUAGAAACUGCGGACAUUGACGCUUGGUUCGAAAAUCGGCGAGAGCAACAAGAAGUUGAGAAUCGACUGCAGAGCUUGAAGAUAGAUGACCAAAGUAGAGAACCUCCUAACCUCGGGGCUCAAAUGAUUCUUCCCGGACACCUUAACAGACUGCUGGAAAUAUUCCCAGAGGAUCAGAUUGUGAUAUUUGAUCUCCGCUCACCAGCCGAGUACGCUCAGUCUCAUAUUCAUAGUGCGAUUAACUUCAGGGCACCCGCUUCCUUCGUAACCCGAGCAACUCUGGAAAUGAUUGAAAGGGCACUUCUGGAUGAGGAAAGCCGCAACUCAUUCAAUAACUGGUACGCAAGCAAAUGCGUCGUAUUUUAUGAUAAGGUAGUCGAGUAUCCUUGGGAGACACCCGUUGCAGACGCGCUUCUACAGAAACUUAAGAGCAAAGGUUGGACUGGUCAGUGUUUUGUGCUUAAGGGCCACUUCCGGGAAUUCUCAGCAUCAUUCGACAAAUAUAUUGUGGGUAAGAGUAUGAAAAGCAGUGCGCAGGAGUAUCUUGCUAGUCUAGAGGAAUCUUCGUGUGAGAAGAGGGAUAGUCAUAAGCAAUACGACGAAUGGCUCAAGCUUCUUGGGAAAGAAGAUAGGGUACAAAUGACUGACCUUGUGCCAGCGGUCAAGAGUGAGCGCAUUGAGGCUACGUCGAAGCACCAGAGGGAAAUCGAACAUGAAUUCGAAAAGAGAGAACCGGAUCUAUACAGAGAGGUGGCGGAUCGUGAACCAGACGGGAAUUGGACCAUCAAAGGUCCUAUGGUAGCUCACUUGGAACGUGGUAUUGCUAAGAUGCAAGAAGCCGGAAAGGGCGUCAGUAUGGGCAAGGCUGCUCCGGAUUCCUCCGACUACAAACGGGCCGCGGACAAGCUCUCUAUGUCGGAAUACGACUUGCUUGAAUCCGAAGAUGAACAUCUGAGCCACGACGCAAUACCCAAAAAAGGGUCAGGAUCCGCCCCUUCUAAAUCAACUUCCGAUACGGCCGCUCCCGAGAAGAAAACACGAUCAGCAUUAGGCCCCGGGCGAGGCUUCUUAAAUAAGAUAAUGCGAAGCGCUCGUCCGGAUACACCAUGAUAAGAUUACCCUUGCCUCAAUCACUGCCAGUUCUAUGGCUGAUACGAUGACUACAUUUCGCGCUGUGGAUGACAAAGCAACAAUAACUUUAUGGUAUCUAUCAUCUGGGAUAUAUUUAGGGUGGAUAUGGAUAUGGAUAAGCGUUCGGACUAUCAUGAUUUCGUUGACGAGAAACUGCCGUAAUAUACUAAGCCGUCGGGUAUGCGGAAAUAAACGGG